CUUGUCACUGAGUUGAAUAACGCACGUGAUCAGCGCAAGACAGCGUGACGGCUUAUUUUCUAGCAUGUGAUGUUGUUGGCCUAAAGUCGGAAUCGAGACGGCGAAAUGCAUAAGGAACGAAUUGGUGUCGCGGGAACUGCCAGAUCUUAAUUACAAACGUCUCCUUUUGGUGCAUCUCUUGGGAAAAUGGAGGGAAGGCAUCGCAUUUGAUAGGUCAGCGGAAGGCGACAUACUGCGUAUGCCGUCAUAUAAGCAGGAGAAGGAAGUGGCGGUCUGUUCAUUUGUUCUUAGCUUGUGUCAACCAAGGAUAGAGCUGGGAAAGGAGUUUUAACUGGUUUAUAAGUACGAUGGCACCUAAACACAGUAUAAAGAAAUUUCCUCUGAUAUGGUUGUGGCUGGUUACUGUCUUCUUAGCUAGUGGUGUAAUCAUCAACUGUGUUCAGCUUCUUUUGUUACCACUGUGGCUCAUAAAAAAGGAUUUGUUUAGGUGGCUCAAUUUGAAUUUGGUCUACCUACAUUGGUGCCAGUUGACAUUCCUUGCUGAUUGUUGGUCAGGUAUGAAUAUCAAGCUUUAUGGAACAAAGGAAGACUUUGACAAACUAGGAAAAGAGAGUGCUAUCUGCCUGGCAAACCAUCGCAGUGAUGUUGAUUGGUUGAUUGGAUAUACACUUGCUGAGAGAGUAGGAGUGCUGGCGACUUGUAAGUGCUACAUGAAGGGCUACUUAAAGUUUCUACCAAUAAUGGGAUUCUCAUGGUGGUGCACAGAGUUUGUCUUCUUACAACGAAACUGGCAAAAGGACCAAAGAUUACUUGAGAAGAGUCUAAAUACACUUCAAGAUUUUCCAUUUCCAUUUUGGAUGGUCAUUUUUGCAGAAGGAACAAGGCUUACAGAGGCUAAAGUACAGGCUAGUGUGGAAUAUGCUAGGGCAAAUGGUCUGCCAGAAUUAAAACACCAUUUAUUACCACGAUCAAAAGGGUUUUCUCUUACUGUCCACUAUCUUAGAGACAAAGUCCCUGCUGUAUAUGACUUCGAAGUUGCUUUUCUCAAAGGAAAGGAACCAAACUUGAUUAGUAUGGUAAAGGGAGAAGCUGACGAGGUGCACCUGUGGGCCAGGAGAACUCCUAUUCAAGACAUUCCGUGUGACGAUAUUGAGGAAACUUCCAAGUGGUGCAGAAAGGCCUUCCAAAAAAAGGACGAAGGAAUGGCUUACUUCUUUGAACAUGGUAAAUUUCCAGCAGAAGAAAUUGAAUAUGCUAAGAAAAACAGAAGUCUCGUCGUAACGAUAUUGUGGAACAUACUUUUGGGUGUACCUCUUCUUUGGUAUAUCUUGUCUGUAUUACUGUCUGGCUCCAUUACCUCACUCUUAAUUGCUGCCACAAUUGUUCUAGUUGGUUUUAUCAUGAUCAAAGUACUGCUGCACUUUAGUGACUCCAAGAAAGGUAGCAGUUUUGGAUUGAAGCCUUCUAAUGGUACAAGAAACACUACCCCACCAAAUGGUGACACGGCCAAGAAGUUAACUUAGAUAAUAAGGUUCAAAUUGAUUUACGGAGUUGAACAGCGAGAUCUUUUCAAGGGAAUUAUUGAGAAUCAGUUGUAACAACAGGUUCUUUUUACACAUUUUUGAUACUUAAGAGGGAAACGCAUUUGAUAUUAUUAUGCAUUUUGGUCUUUCCAAAAAAACAAACAAACAAACAAAAAUAAAACAAAAUAAGAUGUUACAAAAAACAAUAAAAAUGUUUGGUGUUUUCAAACUUGUUAAUUUCCAUGCCUGUUGAGGACCUUUCCAAGAUUUUUUCUGAGGGAUAUUUUGCCUCGAUCUGGGAUGAAGGAGGAAUGCAGACUCAAAAUAAAGUGAAACAAUUAUUUAGUGACGGUAUUUCUUGCUUUAUCAUCCCCAUAAAAAAUCUUAAUAAGUUCUUUCCCGAAAGUAGUGUCGGUAGUUAGGGGAGGUUUGACUGCAAUCGAUUUCAAUAAAUACCAGCUUGUUGCCUGUUGUUUCAUUAAUUA